AUGGAACGUUUGAGGAGAAUCACCGCAUGUUUUAAAUGUUUUCGAAUAGGACAAAUAACAAACUUUAGUCACUUUUGGAAUCUGGAAUUAAUAGGCAUUCAAGAACAAUCCAAUGCCUGUGAUGCUGAGAAGGCAUUACAGCAAUUCAAACAAAGUAUCACUAAAGUAAAGCAAAGGUAUCAAGCUGAUCCUCAGUUACUUAAUCGAUAUAACAGAAUCAUCAAGGAACAGCUGAAUUCCAACAUAAUCGAGAAAGUGUCAUCAAACAUGAAUCAGAUUGGCACCAUUCAUCAUCUAAUCUGA